AAGCAUGCUGUUUCCGCUUGCGGUGCUUUCCAAGUUAAUGUAGUUCUGAACCACCAAGGAAACUUCAGAUUUAAUUUUGAAGUCUUCUUGCAGUCUGCGUUACAAUUAUGUCCGACCCUACCAACUAGCAACGAAAUUGAAACAGAAAACAUUCACCCAGGAUCAGCAAAACAUGUGUUACUCACUUGUUUUAAUAGUCAUGGAACUGGUAGCAUGGAGUCAUGCCAGCCUUGACAAUAGUGAGAGUGUCAAAUGUCUCCCACCCACAAACUUCACCAUUUAUGAAAAACAUGGAAAGACCUUUUUCUCGUGGAGUGAAUUUAAAGAAAAAGAUAUGGAUUGUAAUGUAACAUACAAGUUACAAUAUCGGUAUCUUAACACAGAGAACUUCAAAGAAAUAGAAACAGAAAAAACACAUCACAGAACAUUCUUGGAGUUUCACAAAGGAAUUCAGGCAAGAGUUAAAACUGUGUACAAUCUGCAACAGGUGAAUUCACUGCAAGUGACUGGACUGUUGCGAACUUUACUCUAUCAAAAGGGAACUUUAAGGUUCUGGUCAAGAAUAUUUCCUGCAGUGUUUACAACUUUGAUCACUUUAAGUGUACUUGGAAGGAAGAAGAUGAAAUGCUGACACAUGCUCAGUACUCAGUGACAUUACUCUACAAGUCAGAUGAAAAAUUUGAAAACAGAACAUGUGACACCUUUACCAACAAAGAAGAGAAAGUCGUCGGAUGCCACAGCAGAAUAAGUUCUGCAAACCCCAGAAUUUAUUUGCGCAUCAAUGCAUCAGGCACUGAUUUUUACAAAAUUUAUAUUUUCAGAUUUUUCCCCAGAGAUAUUGAAAAGAUGGAUCCACCUCAAAAUAUCAAAGCAUCUAUAGAAUCAGGAAGCUUGAAAAUUAAAUGGAAUCAGCCACAUGUACUGUCCAUCACAAAUAAUAACUCGGCGUGCUUUCAGUAUGAAUUAAAGUUAAACGACAGCAAAAAUGUUCAGAUACAAACAAUACAUGAACGAACCAGUUAUAAUCUGUCAAUAAUUGAUGCCAUGAGGACGUAUUUAUUGAAAUUAAGAGGAAAAAAAUCAGAUAUUUGUUACACAAACAAUAUUUGGAGUGACUGGAGUACAAUUGUAGUUUUGAAACCUGAGGGGAGAAAUAAAUUAAACUCCUUAGUGAUUGCCCUAAUAGUUUUGGGCAUCCCAUCUGUUUUGCUUGCUGUUCUCUUGAUAUUUAGAUGUCAAAGGGUGUUAGAAAAACUAUUCCCUCCAAUUCCAAGUCCUAUAAUAAAAAAUAAAAAUGUGCUGGAAAAAGAUACAUUUUUCAAGACUGAUGCACCAAAAUACAUCGAGGAAAUAACUAUAGUUGUCGAAGACAGCAGUGAAGAUGAUAGGCUGUGAGAGCCUAUACUCAGCACCCUGAUCCCAGACUUUGAAGGAGACAUUUAUGCUGCAUCUCCCCUUCAUUUUAAUUUUGCUUUCAUUUCCUUCAUUCCCCAGUAAUACUAAGCGUAUGCAAAUUAAUUUCCUCACCAGCCAACUGACUGUUGGCAGAGCUGUUUUCCAGAAAAAAAAUGGACUCAAGGAAGAAUCACAGCAUUGCAGUUUUGUAUACAUAAUAGCAAAGAACAGCUUAAAUGAACACUUAACACUACUGACAGCAACAGUGUUCUGUUGCCAACAGUAUCAAAACACAUCACACUGCCACCCAUGCAAUGAACAUUGACAAUGACCUGAGCUUGACUCAAAACCCACUCAUGUGAGAAGCACUAAGCCUACCUUGCUUGAAAAGAUCUCAAAUUUGACCUGGGUCUAAAAUGCUCAGCCCAAUGUCCAAAUUUGUCCCUCCUUCACUCACCAGCCAGCUGAAUGGGUUUUAGAGUCAUCUGAUGUGGCAUCAGCUGCUACUGUACUGACAAAUAUCUACAACUUCCUGCUCAUCAGACAUGGCAUUUACCACUGAGAUCAUGAAUAUCAAGAAGAGCCAAGACCAAAUAAUUACAUUUUGAAGAUAUUUUGUGCACUAUUCAUAUUAGGGAUGUACAAUUGAGAGAAAAUGUUGUAUUCAGAAUUAUGCAAAUAAAACUACAUAACUUAAAGUAACUUUCAUUACUUUUUGUAAAAUGUUUAAAUAUACCUAAUGUUUCAUAGUACUAUUACUGUACAUAUUUCAUGUUUCAAAAUAUAUGGUAAUUAUUUUUGUGCACUCUAAAUAUGAAUAUGAAACUAAUUUACCAUUGAUUGAAAGUUUAUUUAGGUUUAUUUUGUAUUUUAGUUUUUUUAAUUUUUGAACAUAUUUGAACUGUUUUGUUUUAACUGCCAAAGCUUGUUUCGCACAUUAAGUCAGCAUAAUUUUUUUCUGAAGGGUGUAAUCUUCAACAUAAACUGUAAAAUGAAUACAUAAAUACUUAUUAAGGGGCUGUGCUUAUAAAACUAUACUGCACACCACUUGUUAUUUUCAUCACAAUAGGUGCUACUUCCACAGCAACCCUACUAUAUCAUUAAAGAGUGUUCAUCUAUUUUGUACUACAGUAUUGUGUAGUACAGAGUGAAGUAGUGAUUAAAUAGAUUAUGCAGCUAAAAUGUUGCAAUUUCAAAUCACCCUUCACUGAUUUUGCUCUAGUGAAAUGACCAACUGUAUAAAUGCAUGUUGCUUCGGAUAAAGGUGACACCACAUAAUUUUAUAACAAAAGGAGAUGGGUUAACCCUUAUGAUAAAUGGUUUUAGCAUGGUUUAAUUACAAAUUUUCUGUGGUUUUGGUAAAAGUACACAAAUCUUAAUGUAAAUGUUCUAUGGAAAAAUGUCAGUAGGGCACAUGUAAUUCAUUUAUCAAUUGUAAUGAAAAAAUAAGAGUAAAGAAAAAAUAAAACAUAUGUUAAAAAAUGA